AUACAAUGUUCUCCGCCAGUCAGAUGGUUUAGAAGAUAUGGGUACAAUGCAAUGGCAUCUUGUUCUAAGUAAUUUUGUGGCGUGGCUUAUUGUAGUUGCCAGUCUAAUCAAAGGUGUAAAAUCCCUAGGAAAGUUUACGUCACAACCUAUAUGUGUUAUUAUAAUUUCUCCAAAGGUUUGGCUGCAGGCUGCUAUUCAAGUAUUUUAUUCUCUGGGACCUACUUAUGGAGGAGCGAUAACCAUGGCUAGUCAUAAUAAAUUCCAUCAGAAAUCAGUUAUUGAGACAACUAUAUGCGUUGUGGCAGAUGCGUUCACAGCAUUCUAUGCUGGUCUUGUAGUAUUUACAAUCAUCGGUUUUAUGGCUAAAGAGGCGGGCACAUCUGUGGAAGAGGCAGCCAAAGCUUCAGGACCUGGUUUGGCGUUUAUAGCCUACCCAGAGGCAAUCGGAAGACUUCCGUUACCACAGUUAUGGGCUGCUCUGUUUUUCUUCACUCUCAUUACAGUAGCAUUUGACAGUGUGUUUGCGUUUUUGGAGACGGUCACAGGGACGUUACUGGACGUGUUUCCUAGACAACUGUUACCAUACAAGACGUUGGUCCUCAUCGGGACAGCUUUGUUCUUGUUCAUCCUCGGACUUCCAUUGUCUAUGAGUGGAGGCAUAUACCUGUUCCAACUAUCUGACUGGUAUAUAUCAGCAUACGCACUCUUGUUUGGUUCUGCGCUGGAAUCUAUCAUGGUGUGUUGGAUAUAUGGGGCAGAUAGAUUUGCUGAGGAUAUUGAGCUGAUGACAGGACGUAAAGUUUCCAAAGUAUUGAGAAUAUUCUGGUGCGUCAUUAUGACCGGCAUGUUGACGCUGACCUGUAUUGUUAUAAUAUUCACCUACUCAACUCCAAGCUAUGGGGAUUCCUAUGUUUACAAACCGUAUGCAAUCGCCAUUGGAAUGAUGAUGUCCGUUAUACCAUUUGUUCCGGUCGUCUGCAUCAUGGUAAAAGAACUUCUGAACGCUGAAGGCCCAAUACUUCAGAGAUUCCAGACUUUACUGCAGCCAUCUUCGAACUGGGAACCUAUCAACAAACAAGCCAAAGAGAUAUAUCUAACAAGACCGUACAGAUACGAAGACACGUUUGUGAAACGGAUUCGUGCAAAUAUCCUUGGAAACAAAGAUACACCUUGGUUUUAAUAGCAGAUUUUAUGGCGAUUUCCCCCGUUACAUCAAACUCCUCACGCUUUGCUUCUUUAAUUACUGAUCAGGGAAAGUAACCGCUGCGGCUUCACCCCAGUGAUAUUUAUAAAAGCAUUAUCUCCCUUUAUACUCAGAAGUACUUGAGUUGUUGGUGAUGUAUGUUGUUUUAAAAUACAUUGUUUGUGAGUGUUUGUAAUGAAAGCUAUAGCUUAUCUUAAGUGAACAUACAAUGUGCCGGUGAAAGCAGACGACAUAUCAUUUCAAUUGGGUGUGUUUGAUUUAUUUCCGAGUAAUGUAGAUCUACAGUGUUAUACAUUUGCAAAAUAUAAAUGCAAUUACAUCCGGUGAUCUGUAAAGUAGGAGAAUCAGCUUUAUCAUAAAUGGACUAUCUUUAAUGUUUUAAUAAUAAUAAUAAUAAUAAUAAUAAUAAUAAUAAUAAUAAACUAAAAACAUUGAUUGUCCGAAUCAAUUUCUAUUAGUGAAUAGUUUAAUAUUUACAACAGUCAAAGUCUUACGUUUUUUAUUUAUU